GAGAAAAGAAACAUAACCAUCUCUUAAGUGGCUUCAUCCAACAGAGGUGGAGGCAGAUGGAGACCCACAUUCAAUCAUCAGGCAAAGCAAUGGCUUCAUUCCCACUGAUGUAUUUCUUCAUCAUUCUGGUGUUUCCAACAAUACUUCCUGAAGGAAGGGCACUGAAACGGACUGAGGAAGAACCCCAUAUAUCUGCUGAUCUCAAGGUUGACUUCGAAAUACCUGUUUGCCAAAGUAAAAUAAAUGACAUAAAUGUUAUGUUAAUGUCACGUGUCUCAGACCAAGGUGGUGUAUUGUUUUUACCAUUCAGAUUUGUUUUACACACAUGUUGAAUUUAUGUAUUGCCUUGAAUAAAGUUUAACUAGGUGGUUAUUA